AUGGAGCUUUCAACUUUUUGCGAUAUCAAGGCCUGUACUAUUGUUAUUAACCCUCAAGGAGAGAUUCAGACUUGGCCUGAGAAUUUGGAAGCCGUUAAAGUUGUUCUUAAUAUGUACUCAAAUUAUAAGCCCCAACAAAAAGGCAUGGGUAAAGAUGCGGUCAUGAGGCCCUCGUCUGGCAAGGAAGGGACCUCGGCCUCGGUUCCAAAACCUGCGAAAGACAACAAGAGAAAAAGGGACUCGGCUUCUGAGGAUCUAGAUCUUAAGACAAGGAUGACUCGUAAGCCGAGGAAGAACACCAUCCCUCUGACCAAAGAAUAUGUUCGGCGUCUGAGGGAUGAAGACGAAGAAGAAGAAAAUAACCACGGCUCCAUACUGGCUUUAGCUCUUCAUCAGAAGGAGAGAAAUGCCCUCAAACUUAUUAGUGGGCAGAAAGAGCAAGAGAUCAUAGAUCCUCGAGCCGAGUUGACCAAGGCUCACCAAGAUCAGACAGAUCUGAUCGAGAAGGUAAUGAAAAUUUUAAAAGCUCCUGGGCUUGAUUCGGGAACGAUGGCUAAUAUUUCAAUCUCACAGUUGCAGCAGAAAAUUGAGAGGAUCGAGCAGUUCCGUGAGGAGGUCGACCAAAUAAAAGCGGAGUCCUUGGGGUGGAAGGAAGGUAUGGACCGCUUUGCUGCAGAAAAAGAGACUGCUCGAGCCUAA